AUCACAACAUCAAGUAUCAGUCCGCUCUCCGUCUCAACUGCUAGCUAGCUGUCGCGGUACAGACGCUACUUACACCGCAGCUGAAGGAGCACAGGAAACCUCGUAAUUUCUCUCUUGUAGCCUAAAAAACACUUUGAGGCACCAAUUCCUCCAGAGGCUCCCAUCUGAUGGAGCAGUGGUUGUCAGUCUUUGUGAAGAAGAGGCACCAUGUUUCCUUGUCACGUAAGCUCCUGGCCCUCUGCUGAGCCGCCUGCCUCCUGCGGUCAUGCGCCCCCAACACAGGCCUCGAAACCCCUGCCAGAUCUGCUGUGCAGCUGUCCUGCUCAACCUAUGAACACGCACUCUGAGACGCCCUCCCCAGACCCCAUGGAGUCCCUCAUCGUGGUCACGGAGUAUGAACCCAGCAGACCGUCCGGAGAGGCUGGGGAGGAGGAGGUAGAAGAAAUGGACAGCUCUGAGAUGCACGAGCCAGCUUCCUCUGUGGCGGCAUCUUUCCAGACUCCUUCCUGCGACCUGCUGUCCCACACAGUUGGCCGGUCGGAGGCUCUGCUACCCGAACCCCAAGAGCAAAGGGGAAGAUUAAACCUGUCGGACCGUAAACUAUCUCUGCAGGAGCGCUCGCAAACUGCAACAUCACCGUGCAGCUCACCGGGACUCAACGGGCGUCAUAUUUACCCGUCAUUACCCUACUCUCCCAUCACGUCACCCCACUCCUCUCCACGCAUGCCCCGCCGGCCCACUGUGGAGUCCCACAGUGUUUCCAUCACAGACCUCCAGGACUGUGUUCAACUCAACCAGUACAAGCUGAAAGAUGAGAUUGGAAAGGGCUCCUAUGGUGUUGUCAAGCUGGCCUACAAUGAGGAUGACAACACAUACUAUGCAAUGAAGGUGUUGUCCAAGAAGAGGCUGAUGAGGCAGGCAGGUUUCCCACGGAGACCUCCCCCUCGUGGAGCCAAAGCAGCCCCUGAGGGCCCCCCUCAGCUCAAAGGACCCCUGGAGCGGGUCUAUCAAGAGAUUGCCAUCCUGAAAAAGCUAGACCAUUCUAAUGUGGUGAAACUAGUAGAGGUUUUGGAUGACCCCAGUGAGGACCAUCUGUACAUGGUGUUUGAGCUGGUCAAGCAAGGGGCUGUGAUGGAAGUGCCUAUGGACAAACCUUUCAGUGAGGACCAGUCACGCUUUUACUUCCAAGAUCUGUUGCGGGGAAUCGAGUAUUUACAUUACCAGAGGAUCAUCCACAGAGACGUCAAACCGUCUAACCUGUUGGUGGGAGAAGAUGGACACAUCAAGAUAGCAGACUUUGGAGUCAGUAACCAGUUUGAGGGGGCUGAUGCUCUCCUGACCAGCACAGUGGGAACACCUGCUUUCCUCGCACCUGAAGCGCUCUCUGAGACCAGAAAGAACUUCUCUGGAAAGGCUUUGGAUGUUUGGGCCAUGGGAGUGACGCUUUACUGCUUCGUCUUUGGAGUGUGUCCAUUUAUGGACGAGCGCAUCGUUAGUCUUCAUCAGAAAAUCAAGACGCAACCUGUGGAGUUACCUGAACGCGCUGACAUCUCAGAUGAUCUCAAAGAUUUGUUGCUGAAAAUGCUGGACAAGAAUCCAGAGACCAGAAUAUCAAUCCCACAGAUUAAGGUGCACCCGUGGGUGACGAGGCACGGUGCCGAGCCUCUUCCUCCGGAGGAUGACAACUGUUGUAUGCUGAUUGAGGUGACCGAGGAGGAGGUGGAGAAUUCUGUCAAACACAUCCCCAGCCUGGCUACAGUGAUCCUGGUGAGAACUAUGCUCAGGAAGCGCUCCUUUGGAAACCCCUUUGAUUGGGCCCGUAAAGAGGAGCGCAGCAGUUUGGGUGCUCCGGGGCAAACGCUCACGAAAGGCAGAGCAGGCAAUGUGAGAUACUGCUACAUUCAUUGUAACCAAAGAAGGAAACAGGAGAGCGGUGAUGGCAUGAGGACUUUGGACCUGCCCUUCGUGGGAGAGGAUGAGGCUCUUUCCUGAUGCAGAGGGUUCAUCACGCACGCUGGUAUCUCGCUGUUUUACACUGGCAGCCUACACCUGUGUACAUUUCCUCGGAGGUGGACGCGUGGCGGACGCAGAAGAAGAAGAGAAAUGAAGGAUCCAAGAAGAAUUUAAAAGCUUUUUUGUGUCCUCUUAUAAAGGCUCGGUUUAAGGGGUUGUGAGACUUGAGACUCUCCCAUGGGAACCUUCUCUUAUUGCCCGUGCCACUCCCCUCCUCUUCAUCCCGCAUGCAUUUAUAGUCCGAGCAUGCUUUGUCUCAGGCUUCAACUGUACAGUUUUGUGUUGUCUUGUAGUCACUUGUGUUUCUCCUUGUCCUUUGAUUGACAAUUCUUUCAGGUAUUCAGGGCACGGGAACAGGCGGCGGUUACCUCUCUUUAGUAGAGCAGGUUUUCUUGACAAUGAUUGUCUGGUUCACUCUGCUUCAGAGGAGCAGUGCCCAGUUUUGUAACAUGUUUUAAAGGGAAGAAUCUGUACAGUUUUCCCCAAAUGGAAAAAAAAUGGGGAAUGAAAAAAUGUUUACUUCAUUGAAUGCAUGUGUUUACGUUCCCAAUGCAAACACUCUAUAACCUAUUUAUAAAAUAUUUGCACGCUCAUAGACACACUCGUUUGGCGCAAUUGUUUUUAAAGGCUCAUUAUGAAUUUACUACAAUCAAUAGAAAGCUUUAAAAACAGUUGAUGUAGUGAAGUGUCAAACUUACGUCAACGUUGAUUUGAGGUGUUUUCUGUAUAUUGUUUCCUUCAUCCAGCUACAACGUAUUGAGUAAUGAAGGAACUGAUCUACCAAAUGCAUACGAGAAAAACAGAAUGUGUUUCUGUCAGCGAGGGUUCAAAUGGUUUUGUUUUUAAUCUGCACUUCAGUUCUCUCCAGGAGUUGUGAGUUCCACAUGUUUCAACUGUGUCAUUUAUCAGUUUCACUUCUCAAAGUGGAUGUUUGUAUGUAGACUGAAAACAGAACAUCAUGACUGUUGAGCCUCACGUUGAAAUUGUGAACGUUGUUGUUUUAUUUGUUUUGUAUCGUAAGAAUUACCGGUGUUCUUUUUAAAGGCGCACAUUUUCAAGACACCAAAAACUUCAAUUAUGUCUCAUUUUGUAAAGUAUAUUACGGUAACUUGAAGAAAACAAACCUUUAAGCUAUUUGUUCCUGGAGCUGGCUGCCCAAGUGGGUUUUGAGAAGUAAGCAUAGUGGAGCUGCAGACUUUUUGUACAAAUCUAUGCACGACAUAUCUGUAGAGACGUUGAACUUUAAAACCGUUGUGAUCUUUGAUCGGAGGAGAAGGCCACUCUGCAAAUAUUUCAAAUUAGUUAUGAAUGACUUUUUAUUGUAUUGAUGAGUUUCACUUCAGAUGAUCCCAAAGCAGUACAUUUGCAUUUUUCCACCUUUUUUUUUUUCCUUUUAUUGAUCUUUAAUUUGUCUCAGUGUUUUUGUAAGUGUAGAAAAAAGCAUUUGCUCCAACGUAGAAUAUUGACACACUAUUAAUUAUAACGUUUAAUGCUUCCACACACUAGUUAUUCAGCACUUAUGUGUUGAAGGUAUGAAAAAGGGACUCGUCUACUCGUCGGACUAGCACUAUGCAUAUGAUGUGUCUUUGUGACACAUCUGGCAGAUUGUCACAUACAGUGGCUGGAUGUGGUUGACUGAUUCUAAUGUAUUUUGUGCUUACGCAAUGUGUUUUCCAGAAAGAUGCAACUAAGUCGUGCUCCUUACAGCAUAGUGCUGCAAAUCGAGACUUCUAAAUGACAGCCAAUGAUCUCUUUUAAUGCCCAGGAUUUAGCCAGUGAAUUAAUUGCGGAAAUGCCUCAAUUUGUGUUAUACUGUGAAAUGUUACCUCAUUUAAACACAUGCAGGAGAAGUUUGACAUUCUGACUAAGUUGCUAUUGUUAUCUAAGAUAAAGUGUUUACCUUGAAGAAAUCAAGACAGGUAAUUCCCCUUCAAUAUUUUAUACAUACAAUAUUUAAACGUGUAGUUUGUUUCCACACCGUCUUUGCCCAUUCUUGUCAGAAGGGCCAGACGAAGUGAUUAACCUUUAUUGUUCACAUGGUUUUGCAUCCUGUAGUGUAAAUUGAUUUGAGCUUUGGGGGCUCUUUUCCCCUAACGCAUGCCAACAUACUGAACAAUACACCAUUGUAUUGUCAUAGCAUGAGAGGUCCUUGACAACAAAACAGACUAUUAAUUAUUCUAUACAUACCGUAUCGUGUUCAUCUUUGAAUAAACAUAUUAUUGCCUUUCCGCAAUGUUUGUGGUCUGAAUGUUGUUGAGCUUUGUGUUAACAGUUCAAGAAGUUCCCCACUAGUGAGUGCUGUGUACCGUAAUGUUUCCGAAGCUGUGGGAUACUGUUGAGAGGCUGAAUAUCACAUCAUGUUCUUUUCCUGUAUAUGACGAAAGCACGUUUUCUACAUCUGCCAUUUUCUUCCAACUGCUUUAAGUGUAAUGCAUUUAAACAUCUUCUGCAUUCAAACUGUGCUAUUUAGUUUGGACAUUUCUUUUUUUUUUUUUUUACAAGAUUUCCUAGUUUAUAUAUAUUUAUUUUAUGUUUUUAACCCAUUAUUUAGACAGACAGUGUUUUAUGUGUUUAGUGCAUUUUUUGAGGUUACUCAUUUAUUACAUUUGUGUUAACACAAUAGAAAAUCUAAAUGCAUUUAAAUCAGGAGCACCUGCCUUAGUGACUGAAGCUGUAGUUCCUCUGAUUGCCACUAGAUGCUGCGGUCAUGAUGUCAUGACUAGAUGAUGCUCACUAAAAGAAGUUCAAAUUGUGUGCAAGAAAAGAAAAAUAGAGUGUGACCUUAUCAUUAUGAAUCAGACUUUAGAUAUGUGUCUCUCUCGCUUCCAUUUUUAUAAUAAUUUUUUUGGAAAAUAUUUCAAUAUGAAAAGUAAAUAAAUUUGUGUCCUAAAAAGCUUCAAAUGAGAAGAAAGAAUAUGUUAACAAAUCAAUCGGUCAUAUACCAACAAUGAAAAUAUGUUCUCACAUAUUCUCCUAUCAACAAGGUGAUGCAUAAACCUCCUGUUGAAAGGUUCUCCUAAAGAUUUUUCUUAAUGUGUAAGAUACUCAGUGAUGAUUUAAAUGCUGCAUUAAAGUUCAUAAUCAUGA